AUGGAACUCUCUCCAGAAACUGCCCAUGCCCCAAAUCAACCAAUACCGCGCCACCCAUCGCCCAAGCCACUGCAAUCCGAAUGGAGAAGUAUCGACGGUCGCUUCUACGCCGACGUCACCAUCGAAGGCCUACACGUACGAGCACUGGUGGACACCGGAGCCACUCUAACAUACGUAGACGACAGCACGCGCGUGCAUUUAGAGCGACUCAACAUCCAACCUCAGCCUAAUAAGCGGAACGUCCAACUCGCGGAUCAGACAUGCGUUGCCAGUACACACACCUACCCCGUCAGAAUCAAGUAUAACGAGCGAUCCACACGCACGGCGGUAGCAGUGAUCCCGAACCUAGCAGAACGAAUGAUAUUAGGAAUGGACUUCCUGUCAAAGCGAGGCAUUGUUGUGACCUUAGACGGCCAGCCACUAAAUCCCGACACGUCACCGAGGCCCACACCCACAUUGUGUUGCCUAACAGAACGGGCUCACUUAAAUGAGGAACAAAAUCAGGAAUUAACACACUUCUUGGACCACAACAAAACGCUGUUCUCCAAAAUCACCGGACCAAGUACAGCCGCCGAACACAUCAUUACACUGCGACACAACCAACCGCUGAAGCAGCGCUACUACCCGCGCAAUCCCGCCAUGCAGCAGGUAAUAAAUACCGAAGUGGACGAAUUACUCACCGCUAACCGGAUAGAACCCUCCAGGAGCGCAUACAGCUCACCAAUUGUAUUAGUCAGAAAGAAACAAGGAACCUGGCGGAUGUGCAUUGAUUAUCGUCAACUCAAUGCCGCUAGUGAACCCGACGCGUACCCACUGCCUCAAAUCGGAGCCAUUUUGGACCAGCUAAAAGAAGCAAAGUACAUCUCAACCAUCGACUUAAAGAACGGCUACUGGCAGAUACCGUUAGCCAAGAAGUCUCGGCCAUAUACCGCCUUCACCGUUCCCGGCCGAGGACUUUUUCAAUGGAAGGUAAUGCCCUUCGGACUACACUCCGCCCCAGCCACCUUCCAACGCGCCCUCGACUCUAUACUCGGCCCGGAAUUGCAACCAAAAGUGUUCGCCUACUUAGACGAUAUCAUCGUGCUAGGCGAAACGUUCACCGAACAUAUGACCUACUUACGCGAAGUCUUUCAUAGACUUCAGAACCACAAAAUGCAAAUCAACUUCGAGAAAUGCAGUUUUGUACAACAAAAACUACAUUACUUGGGACACAUCGUCAGCUCUGAAGGGAUACACACCGACCCUGGAAAAGUAGCCGCGAACCACCAUAUCGAACAUCGAUUCACGGCAGCAUACGCCCCUCAUGAAAAUCCCACCGAAAGGGUCAACCGCGUCGUCAAGACAAUGAUCGGACAAAGAUCACAACAAGACCACCGAACUUGGGACCAGGAAAUACCGGAAAUAGCCUUCGCCAUAAACACAGCGCAGCACGAAUCCACGCAAGCUUCGGCCGCCGAAAUAAACUUCGGCCGCAGCCUCGCGGCACCGCAGCAGAUACGGGCAGAAGGACCAACCCCCAUAGAACCUCCCACCGCACGCCCUGACAUUACAGAACUGUGGAAAGAAGUCGCUAAACACCUCGCCACGGCCGCCAAACAGCAAAAGAAAUACUACGACUUACGUAGGCGCCCCUGGAAACCGAACAUUGGAGACAAA